ACAACAAUAACUACCAUUGUCGAACGCACCCUAAGACUACAACAGUUAUCGGCAUCCAUAACUUUCCAAACUAAUCACUACACCAGUAUCAAUCUAUUUAACAAAUGACAUGGUAACUAUAGAUCAUGUGGUAGUAGCUCCCUUUGUGGAGCAAAUAGCAAUGAAGUUAAUAUUCGCAUUUAAGAUAAAGAAAUAUACUUACUAUAUAGAGUGAAAACAUAUUAGUAGAGUGAAUUAGAGAAACGGGCAAAUAGGCUUUGAAAUACAUGUUACAUGUUCUUUCUUUGUUCAUGCAUAAAAACGCGUAAUUAAGAACCUCAUAAAUUACGUUUGCCGUUUCUCCUCGCACUUAAAAGAAGAUCCCACCAAAAACUCAGUUUUCUUCAACAUACCCCCUUCCAAAAAAAAAAAAAUACUUCUUUCGUUCCAAAUUAGAUGUUACACUUUCAUUUUGGGUAAUAAUUUCUCUCUAUCUUUCUCUUAUCACAUGGGACCCUUUUAUUUUCUUUCUCUAUCUCUUUCCUCUCCAAAAAUUGUUUAAGAGUCUCUGAUUUUAAAAAUGUAACAUCUAAAUUGAAACGGAGGAAGUAAAAAAAAAUUAAUAAUUAAAAAAAAAAUAAAAAAAAUUGUAUAUAUCCCCCUUGGUGGAGGAAUGCUUGUCACCUACUCAUAUUAGCUUCAAAUCUCCACCUUCUCUCACAUUAACUUUUAUGCAAAAAAAAACUCUCCACACCUCACGCAAAGUUCACCCUCUAAAGAGAAAAAGGCAACAAAGAGAAGAGAGAGAAAGUUCAAAUUUUUAGUACUACUACUAUAAGCUUAAGUUUACUCUGUUUUCUCUACUUCAUUUGUUUGCUAUAUAUCAUACUUAAAACUACAAAAAAAAAAUGGAGAGACAUAGAUGUAAACUUUGUUAUAGGAAGUUUGCAAAUGGAAGAGCUUUAGGAGGUCACAUGAGAUCACAUAUGAUGAAUCUACCAAUCCCUCCUAAACAACUUCCACCACCACCACCACCUCCUCCUCCUCCUCCACCGCCUCGGCCGCAAACACCGAGUUUUGCAACCGAGUCAUCAACUGAUUCACCACGCUUUGCUGCUAAUUCUACUUCAUCAUCAUCAUCAUCUUCAGAUUCUGAACAAGAACAAGUAACUAUGGAUGAUUUCAUAGAAGAACCAACUGGAUCAUCUUCACUUGUUAAUACCUUACCAGAUAGAGAAAGUGAGACUGAGUCAUUUAAGAAGAAUCCAACUAGGAAAAGAAGAUCAAAGAGGAUUAUUCAAAAACCAUCAUUAUCUUCAACUACUUCAACAGAUAAUUAUCAACAACAUUACUACCAUUUUGAUUUACAUAAGAGAAAGAUGAAGGCAGCGGCAGAAGUAGUGAAAAUAGCAGCAAAGACAUACGAGACCGAGCUACCAGCUAGCUCGGUCUCGGAUGUAACUUCUGAAGAAGAUUUAGCCUUUUGUCUUAUGAUGAUGUCUAGGGAUAAAUGGACCAUUGGAUUCGAAAGCGAAUUCGAGAAUUCAUCAUCACCAAUUAUUCUAAGGAAGAAAUAUCAAUGUGAAACUUGUCUUAGAGUUUUCAGAUCGUAUCAAGCUUUAGGAGGUCACCGUGCAAGUCACAAGAAAGCCCGUGUUUGUCAACAACAUGAACAACAACAACAAGAAGAAGCAAGAAAAUGUGUGUUAAGUAAAAAAGAAGAAAAAGAAGAGAAGAAAGUUCAUGAAUGUCCUGUGUGUUUAAGAGUGUUUGCUUCAGGACAAGCGCUUGGUGGGCAUAAACGAUCUCAUGUAUUCAUUAAUGGGGGUAAUAUUGGAAUACAAAAAUAUUCUCCCUCAUCAAAUGCAACAAAUACUAAUCCUAAAAACAUGAUUAGUUUUACUAAUAAUGACAGUUUAUUAGAUCUUAAUCUUCCUGCACCUCUUGAUUAUGAAGAUGAUGAUGAUGAUGAUCAAGUUGCUGUUUCUGCUCUUUCUGAUGUUCAUUUCUGAUCAUCGAAUUAAAGUCAAAAGGUAAUUUAAUACUUUUAUUUUUCGAAAGAAAAAAGAAAAUUAGAUGAAUUUUGAUACUUUUUUUUUCUUGUGUAUGUUGAGAAAUUUGGAAAGAUAUUGUUUAAUGGAUCUUUUGUUUGUAUUUACAUAUUACUCUGACAAUACCAAAGUUAACUACUAUGGUUGUUACUA